UGGGGACACCCUGUGCAGGACGCGGGGACCUCAGAUGCGGGGCAGGCCUCGGGGAGCUGAGAGCCGUGGGACACCUCGGAACUAGAGGCCCGGCAGCCCCAGGGGUGGUAACCUGGGGCUCCACUGCACAGGCUGUGUCCGAAGCAGCAAACUCCGACACGGGUGACUGUGGGCUGUCUCCAGUCUCCCUGUCGCUUGCUGUGGUACGUGCGGGUGGGGUCAGCCGGGUCCCCUGAAGCGUGGAAGGGAAGGGGGCCCUGACCAAGUUCAGAAAAGCGUGGGGGUGAAGCCAGAAGACGUGAUAGCACACGCCUGUGAUCUCAGGAUUUGGGAGGUAGAGGCAGGAGGAUAAGCCGGUCAAGGUCAUCUUCCGCUGCCUGACAUUGGGUUGCCAGCCUGGGGUACAAUGAGACCCUGCAAAAGAAUGAAUUACUCAUUGCUCUGGGUCUGAGAAUUCCCCUACAUUUUCAGUGAGCGGAGACCUGAUCAGAGGUUUCCUCUUUUAGUGCAGUGCAUGAUGACCCGGGUGCAUACUGAAGUCUCAACUGCCAUGCUUUGCAGCUGAUUUUCCUCUAGUUUGGAGGAGGACGUAUUUCUGUCUCCAGUCCCUGUGAACUGCUUCUCCAGGGCAUGAUCCUCGAGGAGGGAGGAACAAGCCAGUUCUUGCAAUUCUAGAAUCAUGGCUCAUAGUGAAGUGAUGUUCAGAGAUGUGACUGUGAACUUUUCUCAGGAAGAGUGGGAAUGCCUGAAUUCCUAUGAGAGGGAUCUGUACAAAGAUGUGAUGUUGGAGAACUACAGCCAUCUGGUGUCACUGGCAGGAUGCUCCAUCUCUAAGCCAGAUGUGAUCACCCUGCUGGAACAAGGGAAAGAGCCCUGGAUGAUUGUGAGGGAUGAGAGGAGAAGGUGGAGCCAAGAUCUGGAAACCAGAUAUAGCAGUAAAGUGUUAUUUGAAGAAAAGAAUCCUUAUGAAAUUAAUUUAUCUCCAUGGGAAAUAAUGGAAAGAAUUAAAAGGCGUGGCCUCGGAGACUCCUUUUUUGGAAAAGAAUUUGAAUAUAAAAUGUUUAAAGAACAAGAGGGUUCUCACAGGGUAUAUUUCAGAGAAGUGACAAAAAUUACCCCUGGAAAAAGACCUAUGUAUAGAAAACGCUCAUCUGUUGGUCUCUAUAAGAAAAAUCAUAACAGAGAAAAGCCCUAUGAAUGUGGGGAGUGUGGAAAGGCUUUCAGGGUCCGCCAACAACUUACUUUCCAUCAGAGAAUCCAUACCGGUGAGAAACCCUAUGAAUGUAAAGAAUGUGGAAAAGCCUUCAGACAGUGCGCCCACCUCAGUCGACAUCAGCGAAUUCACACAUCUGAUAAACCCUAUGAAUGUAAGAAAUGCGCAGAGAUCUUCACCUGUAGCUCAGACCUCCGAGGACAUCAGAGAAGUCAUAUUGGCGAGAAGCCGUAUGAAUGUAAAGAGUGUGGGAAGGCAUUCAGAGUUCGAGGACAGCUUAGUCUCCACCAGAGGAUCCACACGGGCGAGAAGCCCUAUGAGUGCAAGCAGUGUGGGAAGACCUUCCGGCAGUAUGCGCAUCUUACCCGGCAUCAGAGGCUCAACAGUGCUGGUGUGUGCUACAAGUGUACGGAGUGCGGUCAGGCUUUCCUGUGCAGCACUGGCCUUCGGCUGCAUCACAAACUGCACACAGGAGAGAAGCCGUACAGCUGUAAGGAGUGCGGGAAGGCCUUCCGGGUGCGGCAGCAGCUCACCCUCCAUGAGAGGAUCCACACGGGUGAGAAGCCCUUUGACUGUAAGGAGUGUGGGAAGACCUUCAGUCGGGGUUAUCACCUCACGCUCCACCAGAGAAUCCACACUGGCGAGAAACCUUACGAGUGUAAGGCGUGUCACAAGUUCUUCCGCCGUUACUCGGAGCUCAUUUCCCACCAAGGUAUUCACGUUGGGGAUAAGCCGUAUGACUGCAAGGACUGUGGGAAGGCCUUCCGACUCUUCUCACAGCUCACUCAGCACCAGAGCAUUCAUUUCGGUGAGAAGCCCUAUAAAUGUAUGGAGUGUGGGAAAACAUUCCGCCUGCUCUCACAGCUCACUCAGCAUCAGAGCAUCCACACGGGGGAGAAGCCUUAUGACUGCAAGGAGUGUGGGAAGGCCUUUCGGCUCCAUUCGUCACUUAUUCAGCAUCAGAGGAUCCACUCUGGAGAGAAACCGUACAAAUGUACAGAGUGUAAGAAGGCCUUCAGACAACACUCACACCUCACCUACCAUCAGCGAAUUCACAAGGAUUCUUAAGGAUUCUUUUAAGAAUCCUUCCUUUGCAAAUGUGUUAAGGGUCAUUAGAAAAUUCUAGAAGAAAAAGGUUUUAAUCCUUUUUUGCUUCGUGCUCACAAGUAAUGGCAUACAAGAUUUCAGUCAGAGGAAAAGGUGUUAAACUUUAGGAAAUUCUCUCUAGAAUGGAAUUUCACGGAAGGAGUGGAUGUAUGAAAGCUAUCUAUACUGUAUACCCGAGCGCAUAUCCAGGGCACCAACUCAUUUUUAAAAUCAAUAAAUAAAAAGAACUGUCUGUAUAAGUUGUAUCUCAGAGCUAGUGAAAGUUGUUGAGGUACAGUUCUUAGAGAAUUUCAGCCAGAACAUAUAAUAGCAACUCUAGAGCAGUGGUUUUCAACCUGUGUGUCACAACCCCUGGGGGUCAAACAAUUCAGUAGCCAAAUGACAGUUAUGAAGUGGUAACAAAAAUAAUUGUAUGGUUGGGAGUCACCACACCAUGAGGAAUUGUAUUAAAGGGUCGUAGUGUUAGGAAGGCUGAGAACCACUGGGCUAGGGGUUAAGACCAUUGAGUGGUAGACUGUCUUGAACUUGGUAGUGAGUAGGUCAGCCUGGCAGCAUCUGAACCAAUGUAGAAUAAUAAAGAAUUCUGUGCCUUCUAGAGUGACAAACUACAACAUUGACACUAACUAAGCACUGAACCUCUAACCCAUACAGCCCUAACUUCCAAUUUAGAGAAAAUAAGGAAGAGAACAGAUUACCUGGUAAAAUAAGAAGCAGCGAACCUAAAAUGUGGAUGAGUCUACUUGGUUUUCAACCAGCAAAGUGACAUUAAGAGAGGUAGUGCUUUUUGAAUAUUGAAAAAGACUUGAAAGACGUAGGUCAGAUGCACUGGGAUUUCUUAGAUCAUGAGUUGCGUGAACAUAUGAAACAAGACAGGAAGUUUGUAGAGGAAAGCAGUCACCUGAACUAAAUCUGGAAAUCCAUGGACUAAACCUACAUGAUUUAAUACGGUGUCACUAGCAACAUGCUUAAAGUCCAGGUAUUGUGGCCCCUCCAAAUUAAAACAAGAUUUAAUUUAAAGUACAAGACUUUGAAGUCUUAGUUCCUGGCCCCUCCAGAUGCACUCGGGGAUGAGGCAAGCAUGCUGUGAUGUCAGCUCUGAGGAUGUGGAGAUGAAAGGACCUGUGGGGUCUACUGGGUAGCCAGUCUAGCUGAACCCAGGUUAUCGAAAGACCCUGCUCAAAAAAAGUAAGGUAGGCAGCUAAUGUCAAGUCCACCUCUGGCCUCUCGAAUAGACACAUGCAUAUAAACACAAAACUCCAUCCUGGGAAGCAGAGGCAGGUAGAUCUUAGUUCAAGCCAACCUAGCGUACAUAACAAGUUCCAGACCAGCCAGGACUACAAAAUGAGGCCACCACCACCAAUUAAAAAAAGACUAAGUUAAAAAAGUAUAAUCUAGCCCAGGUCUUCACAAUCCUUUUUGUGUUUUUAAAACUUUCUACAUAUUUAAGAGUGAAGUGAAUUAUGUUUGCAAACUUAUGAACAUUUUAAAAAUUACUUUCUUAAAAGUAAUAAAGACUGUUUAAUGGGU